AUGAGUACUAGAUGGACUAAGGUUCGCAAAAGUGUUCAUCUCGCAAAGAUAGAAAAUCAGAAUAAUCGACAAGUGACUUUCUCAAAACGCCGAAAUGGUGUCUUCAAGAAAGCAAACGAGCUUGAUGUUAUGACUGAUAGCAAGCCUUACUCUUUUGGUCAUCCAAAUGUAAAUGAAGCCAUUAAAAAAUAUGUUGGCGAAGAAAGGCCUCCAUCACCAUCAUCACCAGGCAUUGAUGACAAGUAUGUCCAGAUGUUCCGAAAAGUCAAUUCUAGAGAACUUAACACACGACUCAAUUCUCUGCAAGACCAACUGAAUUUUGCAUUAAACUUGAAAAGCAAACUCAAGCAAAUGAAUAAGAAAGUGGAGAGCCAACAAGAGUGGUUCAAGGGUCCUAUAGAGAAGAUGAACUACACUGAGGCUUCAAUGUUGAAGGAGGGAUUGGAAGAUUUGCUCUUGAAGGUGAAAAACUAUGGUACUGAGCGUGGUUAUGGUUAUGAAAAUGGAAAGCGGAAGGCUGAAUAA